CAACCGCUCUAACCCAACCCUAAAAAGUUCAAAGUAGUGGUUAGAAUCGCAGUUUGUGUGAUGACAGUGUUUAACAUGAGCGUAACGUGACAUUUCUGUACAUUUUAGGCGCAAUAUUUUUUUAGAGAAUUCUUAAAAGUAGAGAAUUGCGAUAUUUCGUUGAAAAUAUGGAUUCCGAACAAUGCGAUUCCGUCGUGGUCAUCAAAGCGAAACCCGUUCGCAAAGUUUUCAAAGCGCCGUUGAAGGUCACCAAGAUACCGGACGAACUCUUAAACGAUCCCUCGUUGAAUUCUGCCGUAGAGGCUUUACCGUCGAAUUACAAUUUUGAGAUACACAAAACGAUAUGGAGAAUCAGAGAGGCCAAGGCGAAGCGAGUGGUUCUUCAGAUGCCGGAAGGUCUUUUGAUGUACGCCACGACCAUAGCUGACAUAAUCGAGGAAUUUACCGAAGCAGAGACUGUUAUUAUGGCUGAUGUUACUUAUGGAGCCUGUUGCGUGGACGAUUACACGACACGGGCGUUGGACGCGGACUUUCUGAUUCACUACGGACACUCUUGCCUCAUACCCGUGGAUCAGACCGCCAGUAUCAAAGUACUUUACGUGUUUGUUAACAUAAAAAUUGACAUUGCACAUUGUGUGGACUGUCUGCAAGUCACUCUGCCUGUCACCAUCAGGAUAGCGCUAGUCAGUACAAUACAAUUUACCACAACAGUCCAAGCGGUGGCAACGGAGUUAAGACGAAAGGGUUACGAAAUUUCAGUUCCACAGAGCAGGCCACUUAGCCCCGGAGAAAUUUUAGGAUGCACAGCGCCGCAAAUUCAUUGCGCCGAGGCAGUGGUUUACAUAGGGGACGGUAGAUUUCACUUGGAAGCUGUUAUGAUUGCCAAUCCCAAGUUGAGAGCGUUCAAGUACGAUCCGUAUGCGAAAAAACUGACGGAGGAGUUUUACGAUCACGCGAAGAUGUUGGAGAUCAGACAGGAAGCGAUAUUACGAGCCAAGGAGACUGACAAGUAUGGUCUGAUACUUGGGACUCUUGGCAGGCAGGGUAGUCCAAACGUACUCAAGACUCUGCAAAAUAGAAUCAAGGCUCUGGGAAAGGAGAACGUUGUGAUAUUAUUGUCGGAAAUAUUCCCGAACAAGAUCAAGCUGUUCAAAGGCGUCGAUGCUUUCAUACAAAUCGCGUGUCCACGACUGAGCAUCGACUGGGGCGUCGCGUUCGAGAAGCCAUUUCUUACGCCCUACGAAGGCGCGGUCGCACUCAGGAUGGCGGAUUUCGACAAGAAUCGCUCGUAUCCCAUGGACUUCUACUCUACGAUCAGUCUCGGUCCAUGGACCGUAAAUCACAAAGAGUCCGAAUUGGAAAAAACCGACGCUUGCUGCGGUAAAUGUAAAGGGAAUAAAUAAAACGAAUUUUUUUAAAACA